AUGGUAGCGCAAGUAGAUGACAGUGGCAAGAGUAUUAAUGGGAAGAGGAAACCUGAGUUAAGAGAACAGUGGCAAGAGUCUAAGAACGAGAAGAUGAAGACGUCUAGAGGCUUUGAAAUUUUGGCUAGUGUGAACAUUGAUCCUGGUUUUUGUUCUGUAUGGACUGCACUACUACAAAGAAGCAAAAACAAAUCCUGCAGACUUCAGAAAAAGAGCUACCCUUGA